UUAUAAAUAAUUAUGGUUUAAAAACAGUACAAUAGAAUGUAAAGUGCUUCCAUAGUAAAACAUAUUACAAAAAAUUAAGAAAAAAAAUAAAAUUAAAAAACAAACCCCUCCAAAACGGAAAAAAACUCUGUUUAUCAACCAACGUGCACGGAAAACAAAAUAGCAAACUCUCUCUCUCUCUUUCUCUCUCUACGGAUUAUUAAAUCUCUUGUACCUCGCAGCAGUCAGCCAAAGAGCAAUCUUGGUUAAUGCGAGUACCAGCUAUUUUUUCUAAUUGGACAAUUUGCUUGCUGGUUGCAAUCAGUCGUCGUUGUUGCUUUGUACGUGUUGAACGUGUUUGGUGAAUUAAUAAAAUCCAAAAGAAAAGUUUACGCUACGAUUUGAAUUAAUCGCUUGAUUUCAAAAAUUUUACCUUUGAUUUAAUAAAUAAAGUAAUAUGGAAAAACUAAGCGUGUGCAUUGUCGGUUCUGGCAAUUGGGGAUCUGCGAUUGCCAAGAUUGUAGGCGCGAAUUGUGCUAACAUGGAUGAGUUCGACAAUCGCGUUAAUAUGUAUGUUUAUGAAGAAGUGGUCAAUGGCAGAAAACUAACAGAAAUCAUCAACGACACUCAUGAGAAUGUGAAAUAUUUACCGGGACAUAAGCUACCAGAAAAUGUGGUUGCAGUACCUGAUCUUGUAGAGGCAGCUAAGAACUCCGAUAUACUUAUUUUUGUAGUACCACAUCAAUUUAUACCCAGCUUUUGUAAAACACUUUUGGGUAAAAUCAAACCAAAUGCUUUUGCGAUUUCCCUUAUUAAAGGAUUUGAUAAGGCUCCAGGUGGUGGUAUUGAUUUAAUUUCUCAUAUCAUUAAUCGAAAUUUGAAGGUUCCAUGCUCUGUACUUAUGGGCGCUAAUUUAGCUAAUGAAGUAGCUGAAGGCAAUUUCUGUGAGACAACAAUUGGUUGCCGGGAUGCAAAACACGCUAAAAUCUUCCAUCAAUUAUUCCAGUCACAAAAUUUCAGAGUAGUUGUAGUUGAUGAUGCAGAUGCUGUUGAAAUUUGUGGAGCUCUAAAGAAUAUUGUAGCUUGUGGUGCAGGGUUUGUAGAUGGUCUUGGUUUGGGUGAUAAUACAAAAGCAGCUAUCAUUAGGUUAGGUUUAAUGGAAAUGAUACGCUUUGUAGAUGUGUUUUAUCCUGGCAGUAAAUUAUCAACUUUCUUUGAAAGUUGUGGUGUUGCAGAUUUAAUAACAACAUGUUAUGGUGGCCGCAAUCGUAAGGUUUCUGAAGCUUUUGUUAAGACUGGUCUUACAAUAGCGCAAUUAGAAACUGAAUUGUUAAAUGGUCAAAAAUUGCAAGGCCCCGCUACAGCCGAAGAAGUUAACUAUAUGCUCAAAAAUAAGGGUUUAGAAGACAAAUUCCCAUUAUUUACCGCCAUACACAAAAUAUGUACAAAUCAACUUAAAGUUGAAGAACUGAUUGAAUGUAUACGUUCUCAUCCCGAGCACAUGGAAACGUCUUUCAUGCCGACACCAAAACUUUAAUUUAACAAAAUACACUUUAGGUCAUAAUUUACAACACACAAGUAAAUAAAAUAUAGUAAAACUAUCCGAUCAUUGUGUGUAUGUGCAGGAACAUACAACAUAUCGUACAUGCAGCAUAUAUCCUCAAAAAUGCAUAAAAAACUGCAUUUUAUGUAUAAAUCCGACACAUUUGCCCCCUGACCUAUGUACUCCAUAUAUGACUUUUUAUUUCGUAAAGUAACUAAAAAACUUAAUAACUUAAUUUUUCCUAAUAGUUGCUCAACAACAACAACAACAACACCUAUAUACCAAACAUUAAACCAUUAUAAAUAAAUUUUAGAUUUUUAGAUACAUAUUUCCAAUUUUAUGUUGUCAUUAA